AUGGUAAUGGUGGAUCAAGGCAGUUGUAUAGAAGUCAUGUAUCCUGACCUAUACAAAGGAUUGAACUUGAAAUCUGAAGAUCUGACAGCUUAUGAUUCACCUCUGGCGGGUUUUAAUGGAAAACUUGUUGACCCAAAGGGUCAAAUUAGGUUACCAGUGCAAACCGGUUCAGAAGUGGUGGAAGUGGAUUUCAUAGUGGUGGAUGCAUACUCCCUCUACACAGCCAUUGUUGCCAGACGUUGGCUUCACACUUUGGGUGUCGUUUCUUCAACUUUACAUCAGAAGGUUAAGUAUCUGUCCAAAGACCGAGUUGAGGAACUAGUAGGGAACCAAGUUAUGGCUAGGCAGUACCUCGUGUCUGCAAUUUUGCAUCAGCCAGCAGCUGAGUCUUCGGCCAUAGUCAAAGAAGGUUAA